ACUGUCGGUGGGCUUCAAAAAAACUUGUUUUUCUGUCUGUUAUUCAACCCAACACCAGCAAUCAAUGAAGAAAAUAGUCUUCCUUGCCACUCUGUGUGCCGCAGCUUUUCUCUUUGGUUUCGCCGCCGCCGGCAAGGAGGGACAGACAUGUUUCUCGAACAAAGACUGCGAUUCCGGCAUGCACUGCGAGAUUUGCGUCGCAGAUGGCGUACGACCACGUCGUUGUACUAGAACACGACCUACCAGCCCCACUUCUGAGGUGAAAGGGCUACCAUUUAACAGGUACUCUUGGCUCACCACGCACAAUGCGUAUGCAAGGAGAGGGGUGAAGUCGGGGACAGGCUUUGUGAUUCUAGCUCCGACCAACCAGGAGGACUCCAUUACCAGACAGCUCAAUAAUGGGGUUAGAGGGUUGAUGCUGGAUACAUAUGACUUCAACAACGACAUCUGGUUGUGUCACGGCCAGUGCAAUGACUUUACAGCUUUUCAACCAGCCAUUGAUGUUCUGAAAGAGAUUAAAGUAUUUCUUGAAGAAAAGGCAUCGGAGAUCGUCACCAUUAUCCUUGAAGACCAUGUUACAUCACCAAAUGGGCUAACAAAGGUGUUUGACGCUGCUGGCCUAAGGAAAUUCUGGUUUCCAGUAUCUAGAAUGCCCAAAGAUGGUGGAGAUUGGCCGACUGUUGAUGAUAUGCUCCGAAGUAAUCAGCGCUUAGUGGUUUUCACUUCAAACCCAUCUAAGGAGGCCCUUGAAGGCAUUGCUUAUGAGUGGAGCUAUGUGGUCGAAAACCAAUACGGGAAUGGUGGAAUGAUACCUGGGUUUUGUCCGAACCGAUCAGAAUCGUCUCCGAUGAACACAACCAGUAGAUCAUUGGUCUUGGUGAACUAUUUCCAGAGUAGGCCAAAUAUAAUUGAAGCUUGCAAGGAUAAUUCAGCUCUGCUACUUAGCAUGGUGAACACCUGCUAUAAUGCGGCGGGUUUUCGGUGGCCUAACUUCGUUGCUGUUGAUUUCUACAAGAGGAGUGAUGGUGGUGGAGCCCCGGAAGCUGUGGACGUGAUCAAUGGUCAUUUAGUUUGUGGGUGUGGAAAUAUAGCAUAUUGCAAGGCAAAUGUGACUUCAGGAAGAGGAGGCCCUCUCUAGGCUGGUGUUCCCCCGGGCUGAUAUACAUAUAAAAUGUUCAUAAAAUUAAUAUCGAAGAAUUAAGCUUGUUAUGCAUCUAGCUUUACAUAUUAAGUUAUUAACAGAAGACGAGUUCAACGGCUGCGGUUGUUUGGGAUUCUUUAUG